UUCACCUGGUCCUUGUUUUUCUCCAUUAGUGUGUUACUAUAAAAUGGCAAAAACAUUUCUCUUGUUGAGCUUGGUGGCUCUCACUUGCACCUAUCUUGCUUUUGCAUUUGAGCCUAAACCCUUGCAGGAUUUCUGCGUUGCAGACCGUAAUAGUUCAGCAAGAGUAAAUGGUUUAGCCUGCAAAAACCCCAGCACGGUUGUAGCAAAUGAUUUCUUCUUUAGUGGGCUUCACAUUGCAGGCAACACUUCAAACCCUGUUGGGUCGAGGGUCACCCCUGUCAGUGUGGCACAGAUUCCAGGUCUCAACACUCUUGGGAUCUCACUGGUGCGCGUCGACGUUUCACCUUGGGGUAUCAACCCUCCCCAUACUCACCCCCGAGCCAGCGAGAUCCUGACAGUUCUUGAAGGUUCUCUUGAAGUUGGAUUUGUCACCUCAAACCCUGAGAAUCGCCUCAUCACUAAGGUCCUUGAAAAAGGAGAUGUGUUUGUAUUUCCAAUUGGACUCAUUCACUUCCAACGCAAUGUGGGAAAUAAAAAUGCAGUAGCUAUUGCUGCAUUAAGCAGCCAAAAUCCAGGAGUCAUCACCAUUGCUAAUGCUGUUUUCGGAUCAAAUGCACCUAUUGGUAGCGAUGUUCUCACCAAGGCUUUCCAGGUGGACAAGAAGAUAGUAGAUCAAAUUCAGUCACAGUUCUAGCGGCGAUAAAUCAAUGCAGUUGACAGAUUAAAUACUUGUGAUAUAUUGUUUUUGUGUGUGACAAUCUGACAUUCUUUAUUUGCCUUUUGUUCUUCUUUAUGUAAGUUGGUU